UGAGCAAUGAAAGCCAUUUGGUAUCGUCAACUAAGACAGCAAGCAAGAGACGGAGGGCAGUAUCCUGCAGUGAGCUACAGACUCUUCUGAUCUGGUUUCAUUUCCCCUAGCUAUUGUCUUCCUGUUCCUUAUUCCAGAGUUCUUGAACACACUCAAAUGGCCACCUUAGCCAGCUGAUUCCUUAUGGGUUCACGAGCUAUUUAUAUUUUCUGAAUUUUGUAUCCGUUUUUUUUGUAUCCGUUUUUUUUUUCUUGUUCUCUCUUUUCGUGCAUAAUUUUAACCGAUUUUUCCAAUAUAAUCAGAGAGGUAUGAGUAACACAAUGAGGCCAAGGGGCAAGGUAAGGUUUCAUUUGGUUUAUGACAGGGGUUAGCUAGCUAGCCAAAUACCCAAUACUUUCGAAGCCAUAUUUUUUUCAAAUUCCCUCGGCCAUAGCUCUUCUUCUUCUUUUUUCAUACCUUGAUACAAGUUCAUUCAUGUGUGCCUAGAAUACGGAGAUUGGAGUACUAUACUGUGAGUGAUUUCCAAAAGCAAGCCCAUAUAUACUUAUAUAGCCAGCUUUUCUUUAUACUAGGUAUAUAUUUGAUAAAUUGCUGUUAUCUAGAGUUAUAGCUAUUGAUCUGGUAAAUACUUGUACCGAUCGACAAAAAUGGAUGCGACUAGGGAAAAAGGGAAGAAGGGGCUGAUCAUCAAGACAUGGGAGCGAUGCAAAUCCAUCGGACGAGGCCGCAAGGGGUCUUCGGGACCCGAACGUACUUUGACACUGAAAACCAGAUCGUGUCCUUCCCUCAGCAUCUCGCUGGAAGAGGAAAAACAUCCUAGGAAACGCCGGGUUGCUCCCGAGGGUUGCUUCUCGGUCUAUGUCGGACCUCAGAAACAGAAGUUUGUGAUCAAAACAGAGUACGCAAACCAUCCUCUGUUCAAGAUGCUGCUCGAAGAGGCCGAGUCUGAAUAUGGUUACGACAACCAAGGCCCCCUUGUCCUCCCAUGCAACGUUGAUAUCUUUCACAAGGUGCUGCUGGAAAUGGAGGAUGGCCGUGAUAUUCAGAAAGGAUGUGUCUUUAAGCGUUAUGGCUCUUAUCACCUUCUUAGCCCCUCUCGAAUGGAUGAUAUAAAUCAGUUUUAAAUGAUCUCUGCCUUUGCUGAUCUUUUCCUUAUGUCUUGGAUUGCUGUGAUCGAUGCAAGUGUUUAGGAUCGAGUUUUCUUGAUCUCUAUAAUUUCCUUUUCUUUUCUUUUUUCUUUAUAGUUAAGCAUGUACAAUUGAAGUAGAUCAAUAUGAUAAGUAGUGCAUGGGAAAAAAAGAACAUCCAAGAUCUCUGUAAAUUGAACUGCUAUAUAUGAAUUUUUGCUGGUUUGCUUGUAUUGA